AUGUUGAGCAAGGGAGUAUCUUUCACCCUCCUGGCCUUGCAGGGACUAGCUACGGUCUCAGCCCAAAGCUAUGGUAACGAGAAAGUAUGGGGUGUCUUUGCAUACACCGUCUUCGGAGACAGCACGCCGGAAGUCCUAAGUGAUUCUCGAACCCUGACAGAGUACGGCGCUAGCGAGAUGGCGGCUGCAGCAGCGGCCUUUCGCUAUCGAUAUGUAUCGACAUCUGGCAAUGAUGCCUCAGACAGUGGUAUUCAGAAUAUUUCGCCAAGCAUUCUGGACUCAAAAGACGUGCGAGUGCUGUCGACAGCGGACCAAUAUGUUGCUGCUUCCGCCCAGGCUUUCAUGCAGGGCCUUUAUCCCCCCGUAGAUAUGAACACAACCGGGGCUCAAUUGGCAAAUGGCUCGUAUGCACAGGCACCCAUUCAUGGAUACCAGUAUCCUUUGAUUAUCCCACUCGGCGGUUCAGAUCCUGCGUCUUUCUAUGUUGAGGGACAAGCAAACUGUGAGAUGCACAAAGCCGCCGAGGGUGAAUAUCGCGACAGCGAGGAAGUGGACCUGAUAAUUCGCGACACGGAAGCCUUUUAUGUGAAUCUCUGGCACUCAGCUCUGUCUGGUGUGUUCGAGGAUGAAGAAUCAUCGACAUAUACAAACGCUGUGCCUAUUGCGGAUUAUAUCGAUUACGAGCUUGCGCACAAUGAAUCCUUCCAGCAAGCGCUCCACGACGCUGACAUCCUCCGCGCUCGCUCAUUGGCCGAUAAGUUCCUAUACGACACAAACAGCCAACAAGAUUCUUCGCAUGGGUCUAUGAUCAGAAAUGUCAGUCCCAUUGCGGGUAAGACUUUGGCCACAAGCCUAAUGGAGUCUUUUGAUAUGAAUAUCCAAGAGGAUGGCACUCAAGAAAAGAUGACUUUGCUCUUUGGCGGCGACGAGCCUGUAAUGGCCCUAUCAUCCCUGUUAGGGCUUGCAAACGCACACCAACCCAACUUCUUCUCUCGCCCUGUGCGAGGUGGUUCAUUAGUCUUUGAGCUGUACAGCUUUGGGGAAGAUGAAGAGUACCCCACGUACCCUGGGUAUGACAAUCUUUAUGUGCGAUUCCUUCUGCACAAUGGGACAGACGACGCCACCCAGUUCCAGCCAUAUCCUUUGUUUGGGUACAGCCCAAGUCACUCCUAUGUUCGAUAUAGUGAGUUCCGUGCCCAGCUGGAAACGUUUGCUCUGUCUUCCAUCCAAGAAUGGUGCACGGUCUGCAACUCUGCAGCUAUCUUCUGCACUGGAGUAAUGGACACCGAGAGCUCCAAACCAGAAAAGAAAAGAACAAUGGCACCGGCCGUGGCUGGAGUCAUUGGUGCAGUUGUGACCCUGAUUGUGGUUGGCAUUUUCACCAUUGUUGGCUUCCUGUUGUGUGGUGUUCGCAAGCGCCGAGAGAGCAAAUCGAGUAUGGGUGGGUUCAAAGGAACAGACAAGAUGGCAAGCGAUACGGAUGUGGCGUUCCGCAGCCCUAUCUGGGGUGAUGCCAAGACCGAGAACUCAACCCAUGAUGCCUCAGCUGGGGUUGUUGUCCAGGGACAUGAACGGUCUGGAAGUUGGGAAAUGGGACAGCAAGGAAGAGAGGUGGAUCAUAUUCAACAAGAUAGCGUUGUGAGAUCUCCAUUCGAUGACCCUGAAGAGGACUGGGGUUUGCAUAAUCUCCAACCGGUCAGAGUUAGGGAAAGUGUUUAA